AGCCGCCAUCUGGGCUCGAGGCGUCCAGGAUGCCCUCGCCCAAGCUGCCACCCCUGGGGCUCUCGUCGCUCGAGGCUCCGCUGGCUGGCCGGUUCCCAGGUGCGCAAUACCAGCAGCCGAGCGACAUGGAGGGCUCCGGCUCCGCAGGCCCCUACUCCGACGAAGGCUUCCCGGGCGGCUUUGCCUCGGACUUCCUGCCCUGCUCGGGCGCGGGCUCCAGCUUCCAGGCCGCGCUGCAGAGCGUCGCGGCCGAGCACGGGCGGGAGGUCCAGAGGAUGCAGAUGAAGAUGGCGGAGCUCCGCGAGCUGGUGACUCACCUCCAGUGGAGAACCUUGGGGCAGGAGGUCAGGAGCACGAGCGUGGAGGUCAGCGACGCCCACGGCGCGCCCCUGGUCGUGGAGACGGUGAUGGCCGACGGCCGGACGUUCACGACCCUGGAGCCGCCGGAGCUCGACGUGCACGACCCGGGGGGGUUCUGCACCCCCACGAACUCCAGCGACGACGGCUCGGCCGGGAGUCCUGGCAACAGCCGCGCCGCAGGCUUGCGCGGGCGUGCGUCUCGCUGCUCGAGCCAGGCCUCCUCGGUUCAGGUGCGCAGGGCGACCAAGGAGCGGCCAGGCCACCUUGCCAGGGGCCGCAGCUUGAAGUACGACCCGUGGGAGGACGGCAACGGCUCCGAUGGGGAUAUCGCGAAGACGCCGCGCCUGAGGGAGCACAUCCCACCGUUGCCCGCUCAGACGGGCAGCCACAUACUGGCACCGAGCAGCCGCUCAACCGCGAGGUCCACCACAGACAACAAGCAUGUGGUAGAAGACGGGCGCGAGCCCGAAGGCGCCGAGCACGGCGGCAACGGCAUGAGCCACGGCAGCCAGGGUGGCACGGACAAGGAGCUGCUUCUGCAGAGCCAGCAGGACGCCGACUGCAGGAGCGACGGCACCGUCGACGUCGACGGCAAGCCCAAGACCCAGGGGCAGAACACGCUGCAGACGCACAACUCGGAGGGGCUGCAACGUCGCACGGUCGACAACAGGACGUCGAACAGGCUGGCGAAGGAGCUGCUCGAGUACGAGACUACAGGUCAAAGACUUUGGCGCGAAAGGCAGUCCCUGCAGAGGUCGCUGAUGUCCCUGCACGGGUCGCUGCAGUCCAACAACCUCCGACAAUGUAGUCCCAGAUUGCAGCAGUUGGUCAACCAUUGGUCGUUUGAUUUUCUUUGCGGGAUGGUGAUCGUCAUCAACACCGUCCUCAUCGGCUUGAGCACACAGCACGUGGCAGUGAGGGGUGGCCAGGACAAGCUCGAGUACGAGAUCGCUGGCAUGAUCUGCAACGCGUUUUUCCUGGUGGAGUUGAUGUUGCGGCUUCAAGUCAUGGGGCUGAGGUUCUUCACCACGGAGGGUUGGCGCUGGAACCUGUUCGACAUGUUCCUAGUGUUGUUCUCCAUCCUGGACGCCGUCAUCCAGUACGGCUACAACGCGGACGCUGGAGCCGUCGGGCAGAGCAUGAAGACGGUCAAAAUGCUGCGCAUCGUGAGGGUGUUUCGCGUUUUCCGCUUCUUCACGGAGCUGAGGAUCUUGGCGCUGAUGAUCCUGGAUUCCUUCCGGUCUCUCGCGUGGGCGCUUCUGAUGUUGAUCAUCAUAAUGUACGUGUUCGCGAUCUGGUUCACCCAAGACGUCGCCAGCCACAUCCUCAAGGUCAGAAGCGAGGGCCUACCCGUGGACCCCGUGCUCACGGAGUACUUCGGGAACCUGCUGCUGACCCUGUCCAGCCUCUUCCACGCGAUGCUCAACGGCAUCAGCUGGAUCGAGCUCACCAACGGGUUGAAGUACGAGCCAUCGAUGCAGGCGCUGUUCUUCUUCUACGUUUCCUUUACGCUGCUGGCCACGGCGCACACGCAGAGAGAGUUCCUGGUCGAAAAGCAGAUCGAGCAAAAACAGAAGUGGCUGCAGGAGAUGAAGGAGCUCUUCCAGGAGAUGGACAAGGAGGGCUGUGGCAGCAUCAGCCUCGAGACCAUCCAGGAGUUCCUGAAGGACGCCCGGGUGGAGUCCUACUUCCAGGCGCUGGGCCUGGAGCCGCACGACACCGAGCGACUGUUCGACCACCUGGACGACGACAACUCGGGGGAGGUGAGCUUGGACGAGUUCCUGCAGGGCUGCCUGCGGCUGAGGGGCCAGGCCCGCAGCAUCGACGUCUACUCGGUAAUGCACGACGUCAGGUCUCUGAACAGCAGGUUCGAGGAGCUGGUGGACAGCCUCCGCGGGGUCGCCAGGCUGGCGUCGGAGAGCAGCAGCCGUGCCAGGAAAAGCUCGUACGCGCAGAGCCAGGCGUGCGUGGAUAUGCCGGGCGCCGUGUUCUCGAAGCAGGGGGCCGUCAAGACGCUGUCAGAGCCCGUCGAAGACGACGAGAUGCCCACGGUGAUCCAGAGGUCCACGAAGCCCGCGCUCAUGGCGGACGGCACUGGCGGCCAGCGCUGAACUGAAGCUACCGAAGGAGGCGAACUACACAGAGUGCCUCCAGCGCGUCGUUCGCAUCAAAUCCUACUGCCAUCCCUGAUCCUUGAUCUGGCUUAAUGUUUGAACCUCACAUCCCCUUUUCGGCCCCGUGACCUUUCGUCCCCCCGCUUCGUCUCCGUUCGUUCCCUUGUGACUCGGCCAUGUGCGGUUCGAACCCGCCCUGUUCUGGCAGGAGGCAAGUUGUUCGUACAUUUGAGUGAAGCUCAACGCCGUGUCUUGGCUUUUGCCCACCUCCAGAUCUGCUGCCUCCACCCGCUCGGGGAACUCGUGCAGGUCUUUUCUGGUUUUUCGGUGGGCAGUUUAUGCGAUGACCUUGCUUUGCGUUCCCGCACUGAGAAAA